AUGAGAGAUGGUGAAACUCUAGUUUCAGCAGGUGGAAGCUUUCAACUGGGAUUCUUUAGCCCUGGUACAUCAAAAGGUCGAUACUUAGGAAUAUGGUACUCUGUUGAUACUGAGACAGUUGUAUGGGUAGCCAACAGAGAAACACCACUUGGCGAUUCUUCAGGAGUUUUGAAGGUCACUGAGCAAGGAGUUCUAGUCCUUCUCAAUAGCACAAACAGGAUUAGCACAGACGAUCCUGCUCCUGGAGAGUUUUCAGUAAGGAUGGAUCGCUGUGGUUUGCCACAAGUUGUUACUAUGAAAGGAGCUAAGAUAAUGGCUAGAGUAGGGUCAUGGAACGGCCUUUAUGUGACAGGAUAUCCAUAUCCUCACCCAAUAUUUGGGUAUGAAUUUGUGUUUAACAAGGAUGAGGUCUAUUAUGAGUACAGGCUUCUAAACACGUCCAUGUUCUUGAGAUAUAUGUUGAAUCCAUCAGGCAUUGCGCAGCGAUUCAGAUGGGUGUACCAAACACAUAGUUGGGAACUUUCCUCUACAUUCCAAGCAGAUCAGUGUGGGAAUUAUGCCUUGUGUGGUGCAUAUACUAGUUGCAAUAUCAAUGUCUCUCCCAUAUGUGCAUGCUUGAAGGGAUUUAUACUAAAAUCUCCAAAAGAUUGGAAUUCGGGAGAUUGGUCUGAUGGGUGUGUUCGAAAGAUUCCAUUGGCUUGCAGCUAUGGAGAUGGCUUCCUAAAGUACACUGGUGUUAAAUUGCCAGACACAUCUUCCUCAUGGUUUGAUAAGAGCAUGAGCCUCAAGGAAUGUAAGGGAUUAUGCUUGGCAAACUGCUCAUGUACGGCAUAUGCAAAUUUAGAUAUCAGGGAGGGAGGAACUGGCUGUUUGCUUUGGUUUGGCAACCUCACUGACAUAAGACAAUUCACUUCCGGUGGUGGUCAAGACCUCUAUGUACGGAUGGCAGCUUCAGAACCUGGUAGCUCUUAG